GUUUACAUACAUUACACAAGCAAAGAGGGCAUGGCAUGCUAAAGAUUCCUUGAAUUGCAUAAUCAGAUCACCCAAAACUGAAUGACUGAGUGUGUUAGGAAUGUCCUAUCUAGAUCUAGUAAAGAAAGAUCAAGAACUUCUACAAGCAAUGGAGAAUCCCCACUCUUCUGAAUGUUCUGACCUGGAUGACCAUGUGCCAAGAUCCUCUACUUCUCCAGAGAUAACUUUUCCACACAAGACAGUCAGCUUCACCAACAUUUCUCACCCUUACAACCAUAAUGGUGGCAUCUCUAUAAAUGGUGUUGCUCGAAUUCGUAAACCUUUCCGUCAUCGCAGUAAAUCAACUGGCUCAGAAUCAUCUGAUGGAAGUGAAUACAUGUCCACAUGCUCUGAUAGUUAUGGAGACAAGUGGUAUAGCAUCGAUCACCGGAAGGUCACCAACAUAACACUCGACUUCUUCUACACACCGAGAACGAUUACUCUCCUACUAGUUGUUUUGCUUGGCCUUGUUUUAGCAGCUUUCUUGCGAAGUGAUGACGGGGAACGGGCAGACAAUAUUGGUGCUGGAGUAUAUGCAUUCUCUUUUUUGUUUCUCGCCAUAGGUCUACUAGUGUUCCCCAAUGGUCCCUUCACCAGACCUCACCCGGCAAUCUGGAGACUGGUGUUCGGGAUUAGCGUGCUAUACCUAUUGCUGUUGGCAUUUGUUUUGUUUCAGAGCUACUCUGAUGUUAAGUUGAUGUUACACUGGGUUGAUUCCUCACUGAACUACACUGAGACAGACAGCAAUAAACUCUACGCAGUGGACUGCAGUUUCACAGUUGAGAAUCUGAAUAGCAGAAUGGAUAUUUUCGUGAUUGGUCACUUUUUAGGUUGGGUGUUCAAAUCUCUCCUGGUUCGGCAUUCUAUUCUCCUCUGGUCUAUAAGUAUUAUGUGGGAAUGUACUGAGUUAAUGUUUGCUCAUGUGCUACCUAAUUUCGAGGAAUGCUGGUGGGAUGCCCUGCUAUUUGAUGUCAUUCUUGCAAAUGGCUUAGGUAUUUUUGUCGGAAUGGCGAUAUGCAGGACGAUGGAAGUGAGGAAAUUCCAUUGGGAAAGUAUUAAACACAUCAAAGGUACUCGAAAUAAACUGAAAAGAGCUGUUUUGCAAUUCACUCCCCAAGAGUGGGGGAAGACUCGAUGGCUUGACCCUAGUUGCACGUACAUGAGAACUUUAGCAAUCUUCUCUCUACUCCUGCUGUUUCAGAUCAGUGAGCUCAAUACGUUUCUACUCAAGCAUGUCCUGUAUAUCCCUACCAACCACUACAUUGUGUCUCUGCGUCUCAUCAUCAUAUUGCUGCCUGCAGCGCCGUCGAUACGACAAUACUAUAUGUACGUUACGGACAAAACAUGCAAUCGACUGGGUACACAGUGCUGGAUAUUUCUGGGUAUAACAUUUAUGGAGCUCUUGAUAUCAAUAAAGUUUGGAAUGAGGAUGCUACCUCGACCUGCCCUGCUGUAUAUUCUAGUUUGGUUGGGUCUUACAGCUCUCCUCAGUGUGUUUAUUGUGCUCCUGCUAACAAGGACCACCUGUCACUCUGGUCUCAAGUCUGCCUGGGAGUGGAGUACGAGUGUCAUGAAUGACUAUGGUGUCACCAACAGAACCACACGUCUGAGAAAGAGAAGAACAAAGAGAAAAGCUGAAGUCAUUUCUAGUGACUAGAAUGUACUAUUGUCAUCUCUGGACAAAGGAACCCGUUUCCAUUCAUGCAAACUCUUUCAUAAAAGAACUGUUAGCUGGUAGCUGUGUUUAGCACUCAUUUAUAGUGCUGUUUAUAGUGUUGUCUCACUAGAAAUAAUUAAUUAAUUCUCAAUUGCAUUCCAUCCUAUAAUAUCAGAUGCGAA